AUGAACACGCUCGAGCGCAGCAAGCGCCACAAGCAGCGCAAGGUGCUGCUGAUGGGGAGGAGCGGCGCGGGAAAGUCAUCCAUGAGAUCGAUCAUCUUCAACAACUACGUCGCCAAAGAUGUGCGAAGACUGGGGGCGACGGUGGACGUCGAGCACAGUAACAUCAAAUUCAUGGGCAAUCUGACGCUCAACCUCUGGGACUGCGGAGGGUAAGUCGAUAAGAUGCCAUUCGACAUCAUUAUUGCCUGUGCGUGGUAGGGGACUGACUGCGUCGGUAUCACACACAGUCAAGAUUCGUUCGUGGAAUCCUAUCUCACCAAUCAGCGAUCACACGUCUUCACAUCCGUGGCGGUGCUGAUUUUCGUGUUCGACAUCUCCUCCAAGGAACCUGCGCCGGACAUGCUGAGCUUUGCGUCCACCAUCCGCGCCUUGCGAGAAUUCAGCCCCGGCAGCAAGAUUUUCGUGCUCAUCCACAAGAUGGACCUGGUCCCUCCGGACCAGAAGAAAGUGCUCUACCCGCAAAAGGUCAAGGAGAUUGGGUCCGUGUGCGAAGACGAAGGCUUCGUCGACAGCCAGGUCGACUUCUGCGGCACUUCGAUCUGGGACCAGAGUCUCUACCGGGCGUGGACGCAGGUCAUCUACUUCCUCGUGCCCAAUGCAACCGUCAUCGAGAGCAUGCUGCAGAAGCUGGCCGACGUGCUGGAUGCGCGCGAGAUGAUCCUGUACGAGCGAAUCACUUGCCUGGUCGUAACGCACAUCACGCGCGGCGACGAGGCAAGCAACCCCUACAAAGAUCGCUUCGAGCGCAUCAGCAGCAUCCUCAAGACCUACAAGCACUCCAUGUCGCGGCAUACAGGCAUGAUGCCCUCCGAGGUGUCUUUUGCGGAGAUGCAGAUCAAGACGGGGGCGUUCAUGUUCUUCAUCACGCGGCUGACGGAAAACACCAACCUGGCAGUGGUGAUGCCCAGUGACGAGGCGUCGUUCAAUGCAGCGCGGGUCAACGUUCAGCUGGCCCGGCGAGAAUUUGCGCACCUGGACAUUGUGGAGAAGAAAGGGAAGGAAGGGCAGCAUGCUGCUCGAGAGGCCAGUAGUAGUAUGGCGGCGGCGGCCAUGAUGGGUGACGACGGACGAAGCGAGGCCUCCUCUGCCGACCUCUACUCGUCUCAGCAGCAGCGAAGCCGUAACGGUACGAUAAACGACGGCUGA